AUCGAAUUCCUUACCUAGUGAGAAUCUUGGCCCACAUAUGAGUCGAUAAACGCCUUUUAAUAAAAUGGUUUAGAACACAAACAAAAAGGAAAUUUCUUAAUUGUAACUUGGAAGGUUAUUUAUAGAGACCUCAUCUCUUGUAGUAAGAAUAACUUUUCACUAGCUCUAUUUAAUUUGAAAAUAUAAAAGUUCAAAUAGCUUCCACUACUGACAUACAUUUGAACUAAUGAUAUGAUUCAUUUAAAUUAUUAAAUAGCUCAGAAUUAUAUCAACAAAAAGAGAUCUAUUGAAUAUAAUAUUAUAUUCCCUGAUGAGUGAUUGGUAAUUAUUGAAUUAUAAUUAAGCCAAAGCAUCAGCAAUUGCAAAUGAAGACCCUAUUAAAUAAUAUUUAGAUUAUAAUAAUAUGUCAGAUUCAGAAAGUUACUAUCAAACUGGUCUCAUUAAUGGAGCUAAUCAGGAUGAAGAAAGUCAACCUAAAAAUUUGUACGAUCAUAGAGGUCAGUUGAAUCCUAAUCAUGAACUUGUAAAACCUGCAGCUCCUACUUCUCACGAUGUUGAUGAUGUUACCGUUGAAAAUAAUCCAGUUACCAUUGGUAAAUCUUCAAGAAAAGCUAGUUCGAAUUCAAGAUCAAGAUCCGGGUCUGGAUCUACCAUUGGCUUAGAUUCUUCUGUACCAAUUAAUGCUAUUCCUAAAAGAAAGCCGAGGAGCAAUUCUAUUUCAAAUAUUAGUACCAAUGAUAGUGUAGGUUCAGAUGCUUUUAAAAAGGAUAGAACAAUGUCUAGAGUAUCUAUCGAUAGUGAAGCAGAUUCUCAUGCAUCUAGAUCUUCUCAGGAAACUGAAGAAGAUGUUUGUUUCCCAAUGUCAAGAGAACAUAUCAGAAUUAAUGGUAUUGAUUUUGAUGAAAUUGAAGAAUUCAUUAAAGAAGAAAGAGAUCAACAGAAUUUAUUGAGAGAUCAACAGUAUUUAAACGAUCAAGGUUCGAGUUCUGAUGCUAGAUCUACUGGCACAAGCAUAAACAAACCAAGUUCUUCUGCGUUGAAAUACACACCCAAGAAUAUUUUGAAGAAUACAAAUACAGCUUUGACUAAGUUAAAGUCAAGAUUAACUGGUGUUGAUAAUGAGGAAAUCAGUUCUUUACAAUCUCUUCAUUCUGGAAAUGAUUCUCCUAUUGAAUUAGAAAAGUUCCAUUAUAAGGUGGAUGAUCACCAUAAAGGAAGAAUCGAACACGAGUUUGCUGAAGUUUCUGAUGGUGUCAAAAUCGAAGGAGCAGUUGAUGCGCAUGUUAAUAUUGACAGAUUUUCAUUCUUCACAUCCGAUUCUGACGAAACAGUCCAUGUUGCAGAUAUUCCUUCUUUAGUGAAACGGGGUCAAACAGUUAGAGAGUUGUUUAGAAAUGGAGAACCAACUUGGUGGUUAGAUUGUACUUGUCCAACAGAUGUUGAAAUGAAAGUGUUGGCUAAGGCGUUUGGAAUCCAUCCUUUGACAGCUGAAGAUAUUAGAAUGCAAGAAGCUCGUGAAAAGGUCGAACUAUUCAGAAACUAUUAUUUUGUUUGUUUCCAUACUUUUGAAGCAGACAAGGAAUCUGAAGAUUACUUAGAACCAAUCAAUGUUUAUAUGGUUGUAUUUAGAGAAGGGAUCUUAACAUUUCAUUUCUCUCCAAUCACACAUCCAGCCAAUGUUAGAAGAAGAGUUCGUCAAUUGAGAGACUAUGUUGAAGUCACAGCUGAUUGGUUAUGUUAUGCCUUAAUCGAUGACAUUACCGAUUCCUUCGCACCAGUCAUCACGGGUAUUGAGUAUGAAGCUGACGCUAUAGAGGACUCGGUUUUUCUUGCCAGAGAAGCAGACUUCGAAAUAAUGUUAUCCAGAAUUGGAGAAUCUAGAAGAAAAGUCAUGACACUUAUGAGAUUAUUAUCUGGUAAAGCAGAUGUCAUUAAGAUGUUCGCUAAGAGAUGUCAAGACGAAGCAUCAUCUUUUGUUAAUCAUAGCGAAAGCAUGGAUAUUGGAGAAUUAACAGGAAUUAGAAAAGAUCAAGGGAUGACUAACGAGUCACCAUCUCCUACAUCAGGUGGUGUUAGUUUUGGACCCGCACCUGGAGCAUCUGCUGCUGUGUUGGAACCAGUUAAUCAAUGGCAAUUCCAAACCCAAGGUAAUAGAACACAACCAAGGGCUGAUAUCGCAUUAUAUUUAGGUGAUAUUCAAGAUCAUGUGGUUACCAUGUUCCAAAAUUUAGCAGCAUAUGAAAAGAUUUUCUCUAGAAGUCAUGCAAACUAUUUAGCUCAAUUACAAGUUGAAUCCGUUAAAUCAAAUAAUCGGAUUACUGAUAUGUUAUCAAGAGUUUCAUUAAUUGGUACUGUUUUGAUCCCUUUGAAUAUUAUAACAGGUUUAUUUGGGAUGAAUGUAACUGUUCCUGGCGAGCAAACUGGAAAACUUGGUUGGUUUUUCGGUAUAGUUGGUUUCAUGGUUAUUGUAGCCAGUUGUUGUUACUUUUUAGGUAGAGCCUGGGUUAAUAGAGUUUUGGUAGAUGAAAGAAGAGUACCAGUUCAAGGUACAGUCAGGUCUAUCAAGAGUUUUGGCUUGAGAAGAAAUGCUGGAGCAAAGUCAAUUAUCAGUUUCCCCAAUAGAUACGAAUAGAUUAGAAUUCUUGCCUUUUUUUCUCUUUAAUUAUUUACAUAUUUAUAUUUGUAUUAUUUAAACUCAAAUAUAGCAUUACUGUCUAAGCUAAG